CAAUAUUAUCACGAAGAAACGCGUGGGCGAGAAUAACAAUAAUAAUAAUUAAAAAACCGUCGUUGCUCGCAUCUCGGCGGCAAUAUACUUGCGGGGCUUCAAUUGACCACGCACUGUUAAGGCUUUGUCGAUCCGGCAAGACGGUCAUUCGGUUCGCGAGCGUCUCCUCGGAGAGAUUCGACCCGGUUGAGACACUCUGAUGACACUCCGUCUAGCCGUGUGCUUUGGCGCUUUGACCGUGAGCUGCUGCGCAGUGGCCGUGAUCGACACCGGCCGAACUCCAAUCGAAGCGUUAAGAGCUUUGGGCACAAAGGGCAACCGCAGUCUGUUGCAAUGCACCGGCAACGUGGACACGGCGUUGCUUUUUUGGACGCUGCCGUCGUUGGGGCCCAAGUUGGAUCUGGUCGGGUCGUUGAGCCAACGGGAUGAGCAAAAUUUGUUGGCGGCCGGCUGCGAGUGGCUGUGGGCCACCGAACCGGGACUGAUCUCGCUGGAACUCUACUCCGGUCGACGGCUCGUACGUUCCUACGGCGACCGUGUAACAUACCACCAGAGCGACUCCUCUCCUCCGCCGACCGACCGCAAUGGCACACAGUGGAUAUGCGACAACGGUUUGUUAGUCGAACACGUUGAAGUGACACUCGAAAAUCAAAUCGCUAUCGUGAUCGAAUCCGAUCUGUCAACAAUCACAAUCAAUCAGUGUGACAAAUCCCAGGGAACAAAUUUACUAAACGGCACGAACAAAUGCCAUCACACGACCGAGUGUAUUUUCAAAGAGCAAACACCAAGGCGUUUCGUCUCAGGAAAUUAUUGGUGUGCUUGCAAAACCGGAUAUUAUUCCACUGAUGGCAGAUUUGACGGCGCCGACGUGGAAGUAGCCUCGUUGAGCGAAAUCGACGAGAAGUAUUCUUGCAAUCCGUGCUCGAUAGGGUGCGACGAUUGCCAAGGACCAGACAGUUGUAUGGCUCGGUUUUCUUGGAUAAAGAGGAGUAUUUUUCUCAUCAUCACCCUGGUGUGCAUCGUGUUGACCGUGAUACUGAUUUGGUUCGUGCACAAAAAUCGCCGGAUCAAAGUGUUCAGGAUAGCAAGUCCCACCUUCCUCGUUAUCACGCUGAUAGGAUGCAUCAUAAUGUACUCCGAAAUGGGUAUGAUGUUCCCACAAUGCUCUCAGCAGCUGUGCGUGGCGACCAAGUGGACUCGACAUUUUGGGUUUUGCAUAACCUAUUCCGCCUUGUUGAUGAAGACGUGGAGAGUGUCGUUGACGUACAGAGUGAAGUCUGCCCAUAAGCUGAAACUUACCGACAAUCAACUGUUGCAAUGGAUGACCCCGAUUCUAGUCAUUAUACUGGUGUACAUGGGCUCUUGGACGCUGAGCGAUCCUCCACUGGCGGUGCUGGUCAAAAGCGAAGAGGGAACGAAAUUCUGGCAGUGUUCCAGCGAUUGGUGGGAUCAUUGCUUAGCAGCCGGCGAAGUCCUUUUCUUGGCGUGGGGAGUUCGCGUUUGUUAUGUCGUGCGGAACGCCGAAUCGUUUUACAACGAAGCCAAAUUAAUCAGUUUCGCCAUUUACAACAUAUUCAUCGUCAACAUCAUAAUGAUGAUAAUUCAUUUUCUGUUGUUCCCGAACAUCGGGCCCGACCUCAAGUACACGCUGGGAUUCAUCCGGACCCAGCUGAGCACGUCGGUCACCAUAGGCCUGGUGUUCGGUUCGAAAGUGGUGCGGGUGUUGAGCGGCCAGGGCGACCACUGGGACAGCAAGGGGCUGCCGGCCAAGGGGCUGAUGUCGUACGAGAUGUCGUGCGCCGACGCUCGCGACGAACCGGUCGACUUGCAAACGGAAAACGAUCAGCUGAAAGAGGAGGUGUUCAAGAUGGCCACGCAGAUCGGUCUGAUGCGGAAUUCGCUGAUGCACGUCAACAACAGACAUCUCAGGAAAAACGGGUGUUCCGCCUGCAACCCGACCGCCUCGAACCAACAGAGUCCGACCGGCAAGACGGCGGGAGGGUUUUUCAAAAGUUUAGGGUCCAACAAUUGUCUGGCGCCGUUAUAGAACCCCCCCCCCCCGCCCCCCAUAAAGCGGAUAGGUAGUUAGGUUUUUUUGUAAAAGAGGCCACCAGUUAAGAAAAAGACAAAAAACUGCUUUUAUUUCGGUUACGUAAUCAUAAAACUGUCUAAGGUACUCUCCCUCCAUAAGGGGACGGUUGUAUGCGGCCUGUGUUUUUGACUUCAUACCAAAAAGUCUGACAAAGUUUUCGACUACUUAGGAUGGUCGAAAAUGAUUAAAACCUCAAUUUUCUUAAAUAUUGCCUAUACAAAACUCCUUAAAACCAGACCGCAUGCAAUCCCCUCAAGUAUGAUUUUAGAACAUAUUUUAGUUUCGAGAAACUACAACAUACGCAUACAAAACACAG